AUGAAGUUCUCUACUAUUGCUCUUGCCGCAGUUGCCUGCCUGGUUUCAGCUGCCCCUGCUGCCCCCGUUGGUACCGGCUCCCAUGGCCCUCAGUCCAUUCCUGAGGAGGCCAUUGUCGGCGGUCUCCAGGGUACAGAGAACGAAAUCUUUGUCUUCUUCAAUGAUGACGAGUCUGGAAAGCAGGGAAUUGCUAUCAUUGACGCCAAGAAGGCCCAGGAGGCAGGCUUCAUGGACCCCCAGCCUGAUUCCGAGGUUGCUGCUGGCAACGCUAAGCGAGAGGCUUCUCCUGAGGCCUGGCGAUGGUUCUGGCUCCCUGGAUACGGCGAGCCCAACUGGAAGCGAGACGCCAUGCCCGCUGAUAUGGACAAGGAGAAGCGUGAGGCCAACCCCGAGGCCUGGCGAUGGUUCUGGCUCCCCGGCUACGGCGAGCCCAACUGGAAGCGAGACGCCAUGCCCGCUGAUAUGGACAAGGAGAAGCGUGAGGCCAACCCCGAGGCCUGGCGAUGGUUCUGGCUCCCCGGUUACGGCGAGCCCAACUGGAAGCGAGACGCCAUGCCCGCUGAUAUGGACAAGGAGAAGCGUGAGGCCAACCCCGAGGCCUGGCGAUGGUUCUGGCUCCCCGGCUACGGUGAGCCCAACUGGUAA